CCCGAUGAUUUAUAUCAAUGCUACGACGAAAGAGGGUUGGUUGAAAACUUUCGCACUGCUACCGCAUUAUGACGAUGAGGGCAUUUUCGCUAUCAACGAUUAGGGUGCUUAUCCAUGGCGUCUUAAGGCGUGAAGACUCAUGAUGGGAUUUCACAGUAAUUUCGGCCUGACUGAAAAAUCAAUCUUAGACACUUUGAGACUCACACUUUCGCAACGGCCACCAUGACUCUCUAUUCUGCUAAAGGAGGCGUCGAAACCUACCGCUUCCACUAUACUGCAAACAGCAAUGUCCCAAUAGAGGCGAGCUGCUGGAAUGAAGGGGAGAAUCCGCCAAUCCAAGUCCCUUUAACCGUGGAAGAUCUUAUUCAUACCACCGAAUAUCUCGUCGCCGAAGCGCAAGAACUCAUCAGAAAUUUCCAGCCCGACAGCCCGAGGUGGUUCACCGACUUGGGUGGAAGCCUCGCUUCUAUUUUGUCGGCUAUGCUCGAUUGUGCGCCUAACAGCGGUGGCGUGCGCUAUGUCAGCUCAGCCAUAUUCACCUGCAAAUCUUCUCGUCAAAUCAGUCAAUUGGCCUUGACAUGGUUCGCGUAUUUUCUCUGGCCUUGUCCGUCCUGUCGUAUUCUAUUGUGUGUUAAAUCCCUACUGAUUUUACCACUUGAUAGUCAAAGCGCUGAACUGGUACUCAACUUUCGUAGCUCAAAGAACUGAGCUGUUUUAUCAACAGAAUUAUCGUUGCCCGAUAUCAGGCAUGGUGGAACUCGG